AUGGCCCCUGUCGCAUUACCAAGAACAAGUGGUCUCCCACAAUCCCAGAUUUUUGCAGACCACCACAUUUGCAAGAAUCCCGAGAGCCACACGCACGCACCCCAGAAAGUAGCGGCACCAAAAAAAACAUCCACCAAAGCUGCGCCCUUCGAUGACUUGGUGCUAACCACCUACCCUGAGGACUCCAGCCCCAUUCCUCUCAGCUGGGGGGCCGCGGGCCCGCAGGCCCGUGGCCCUGUAGUCGCGUCGCGCUACCAUGACGGCCUGACCAAACACAACAGUAUCGGCGCCCAUUCCGGCUCGUAUUGCGUGUACCACGCUCUGGCCGUCGGGUCCAAGCAACUGGACCCCUACCAUGUUGCCGACUACACCAACUCGCAGCCUGCGUUUUCGGUUCCUGAACAGAAGAGCUGGUAUAACGCCAAGGACAUCGUGGCGAUGGAUCCCUUUGGCCAUUUGACCCCAUACUUAUUCGACGAAACCUCCAAAACCGAGAACGUCGAAAUCAGACCCACCAUUGCCAUCACGAAGGCGACUAUGCAGUUGUUUGAGAUGAAGGACGCGGUGGCCAACAAGCGCUUGGAGGUUGACGGUCAGGUGGUGCUCAACGAGAACGGGGAUCUAAGCGUCUCCAAAGUAGCAGUCGAGCCGGUUUGGUAUUUGCCCGGCGUUGCAGAACGGUUUGGCGUGCCCGAAACCGAGCUCAGAAGGGCUUUGUUCGAAGACACCAACGGCAUGUACCCGGAGCUGGUCACAAGACCCGACAUCAAGGUGUUUCUGCCACCCAUUGGCGGCUUGACCGUUUACAUUUUCGGCAACCCUGCCUUCGUGUCAGACCCCUCCAGAAAAUUGGCUCUCAGAGUCCACGACGAAUGCAAUGGCUCGGACGUGUUUGGCUCCGAUAUCUGUACUUGUCGCCCUUACCUCAUGUUCGGUAUCGAAGAAGCCGUCAAAGAGGCCCAACAGGGCGGUUCUGGCGUCGUUGUGUACUUCCGUAAAGAGGGCAGAGCGCUGGGAGAGGUCACCAAAUACUUGGUUUACAAUGCUCGCAAAAGAGGCGGCGACACCGCCGACGAGUACUUCCACAGAACCGAGUGCAUCGCUGGUGUUCGCGACAUGCGUUUCCAGCAGCUGAUGCCCGACGUGUUGAAAUGGCUGGGCAUCACCAGAAUAGACCGCAUGCUGUCCAUGUCGAACAUGAAGCACGAUGCCAUCGUGGAGCAAGGUAUCCCAAUCGUCGAGAGAGUUCCUAUCCCAGAUGAAUUAGUCCCACCGGACUCUCGCGUGGAGAUCGACGCCAAAAUCAACGCCGGUUAUUUCACAAACGGUAAGGUCAUGGAUCAGCAGGAACUGAAGUCGGUGCACGGCAGAACGUGGUCCGAUAUCGAGUAA